AUGAUCAACGGGCUCAAUAGCACCAACGAGGCCAGCCAAAUCACGACCAAGCAGAACUUCAGCUCAACCCAAACCACUAGCGCCCUCAAAAACUCUUCCUCCGCGAUCGCAUCGGGCUCGGCAUCUGCUGCCGCCAACGCGGCUGCUGGCGGCAGCUCAAACAACCAAGACCAUACCGGUCCCGAAUUCAAUCCCAACGAUAUCUGUAGCCCUCAUGAACUCAUUGGAUGGGUUGAUGAUGUACUCGAGAAGCUCGAGGCAAAAUUCAGUAGGAUUGAGUCUGAUGUAAUUGAAAGAUGGCCAUUGCUUGGUGGCUGUGUCGAAGAGGACAAGGCCGAUAGCGGAGCCCACAAGGAAACUGGCAGACACCCACUCGGAUUGGUGGCACUCCGAGUGGCCCACAUGGCUUCCCCUACCCCCGCCAGCGUUGUCCGGACCAUGCCGGUGGCUCAUCAUCAUGUGUUUGAUGGUUUCUUUGCAGACGUAGAUCGCACUGAAGAUCAGGAAGAGGGCUUGGGAGAAGAUGCUCAGGGUAGCCAAUCUUGCCUUCCAGUGAAAAAACACCCCGCCGGCGUCUUUGCGGCCCAAGGCAUCCCAGAGCCGGUCCGGACGGGGGUUGAAAAGCAGGGCAUGAGCGGCGCCCAGAGCGUCGAAGACAAGCAGAUAGCCGAGGCCGGCGAGCGAGAGACAGUUGGUCUGUUGGCCGCGCAGCCAGAGCAUUACGCCGGUGGCCAGCGCAAGGGUUGCAACGAGGAUGCGGAGCUGGACGAUGAGGCUUAG